UGGAAAAUCCCAAUAUGAAAUUUCCACUUUGCAUGAGUGCAGCGUGCACCACUGAUUCUUUGUUUUAUCUAUCCCAGAAGAAGUUAUACCUAUGCUCUUUGCAUCGAGACUUGAAGUACUCUGAAGAGGAAGCUAUUAGACUAGUUCCACCGGAAUCAGCCAAGAUGCUAUUGAAGGUUAUUGACUACUGUAGGAAGGAGGUUGGGGUAUCCUUAGCGACUUACGGUAAUCUUGUCCCUGCCUCAGACUGCUCAAGCUUCAAUCUAAACCUCCAAGAGUCGCUCACUGAUAUAUCUUCACGCUUGAAAGACUGUAUCUGCAGGAAGCAGUACUUCAAGCUUGAGGGAUUGCUCAGAGAAGCUAAGCAACUAGAGGAUUUACUGAUGAAUGAUAAAGUCUUUUUGAAAUUCAGUGCUGCGAAGAAUUGGAAAGAGGCUUUUGAUGGUAUUGAAGGGGUAAGAGAGAAGACAAUUGAUGAGAUCAUCAAAGAUCUGGAUAAAAAGUAUGCAAAUAUAUUGAAGAUUACUGUGAAGAAGCUUCAAGAGCAAAGACAUGAUAUUCAGAAGAGAAAGGACGAAGAAAAAACCACUCUAAAAUCCCAACUCACAUCCAAAAACAAGACUAUCCGUGACCUAAAAUAACGACAUCCAAAAACUAAAGGAUACAAAUAGUAGAAACCUGAAGGAGAAAGAAAAGAAUCAUAAGAACAACAUGAAGAACCAGAAAUUGACAUUCUUGGGUCAACUAGAGGAAAAGGAUAAGAUUAGACAACAAGAUGUGGGGAGAUAUAAAGAAACUAUCGAGGCGUUAAAACAAGAAAUAAAACAACUAAAUCAAGGUGUAAGCGUACAAAAGAAAGGCAUAAGUAAAUCAAAGCAAUUUAGAGGGAAACCAAAGAAAAACUUUCCCUAUUCCAAAGAAGAAACCAAACAAGAAGUUAUAAAUACAUCAAAAUACAAGGCUGUUGUUCAGGAGUCUUCUGAAAGGACAUCUUUUUCAAUUAAUAAUUCUUCAAAGCCUUUGGGUAGUCCCGAAGAAAUUUUUAAGCAAGAAAGUGAACCUCAGAUUGAAACGUAUUCAAAACAAGAAUUGAGAGAGGUCUAUGGGAGCGAUUCCUAUUAUUAUUACGCAUUCAAAGAAAGCCUCAAAGGAAAAGAUAUGGAAAUAUUGUUAUAUCUUAAUUAUUUAAAUAAGGAGGAAUUAAGGUUUUUGGAAAAUUUAAAAAAGAAAAUACCUGAUUUAAAGUGACUAAAAAUUGCAAACUGAGAAUAUGAGGAUUUAAAGACUGUGAAUUCUUUCUUAAAGAGUUAUUUUCCAGAUAAAGUAGGCUCUUUUUAUUUUAACGAUGAAUCAAGCUUAAGUCCUAUUGAAGAAUGUAUGGAAGAAUUGAUUAAGAUAAGCAGCAAGGUUUCUGAAGACUUGUUUCUGUAUAAUUUUUCAAUGAGUCAAGAGCAACUAGAAACUCUUAUCAGUCUUAAUAAAAAUAAGAGAAAGCUUGGUUUCAUCAGAUGAAAGAUAAAAAUAUUCUCUGUUCCAGACUUUGGAGAUAGUUUAGAAGGAAGUACUCUGGAAUUGUUAGAUUUAACAGGAUGAGGACAUGAAAAUUUAAGUGAUUGGGAGGACAAUGACACUCAUUUCGAAAACCUUGUCAAAGGUCUAGCACAAUCCGAAGAUAUGAAGAAGAACCUUGAAAACAUUAGCGUAGAAAACUGUGAAUUACCUCAAGAAGAACCAAUUAAAAUCUUCAAAAAAUACAAAUUCGAAAAAGCCGUCAAAUUUAACACUCCAAAACCCACUCCAAAGCCCACUCCACCCCCAAAAAUCUCCCAAACCCCCAACCCCUACACCUCACCCACCUCCCAAAACACCCACUCCUCUUCCAACCCUGCCGACCCCAAAGACUGCACCAUAUUCUAACCCCACUGCCUAAUUCCUGCACUAAAAUUCCCCUUAA